AUGCCGUCGUUCUUUCGCUCUCUGGCUCUCAAUGUCCUCUUGACUGGCGCUCUGGUGGCCCAGGUCACCCAUGCCUAUCCCCAACCUGCUGUCGUGCGUUCGCAAGAUGCAACCAUUCCUUCUCAUGGCAGUAUCACCAGCGACCCAGUCUCAAUUGUGCCUUCCUUUGGUGGUGAGGCCGAUGGUGAGCUCUACAAGCGUUCGAAGGAAUUAAAAAUCGCCCAAGAACCGGACCAAAGCUACAACUGCCCUGCGACCAAUAACUAUGCAGAGACAUCGUACACCUCUGGUCAGCUCAAAGCUGCUUUUAUCAAGGCGGCUCAAUACGCGAACGAUGGCCAACAGAUUGGAGACAGAAACUACCCGCAUGUUUUCGGCAACGGCGAAAACCUGCCCUUCAACUGUGGCAGGAGCACCAUGGAAUUCCCCCUGGAUAGAGACAGUCCGGGCACUGUCUACAGCGGUCAGAGCGUGAGGACCUUGCCAGACCGUCUUGUCUUCGAAUUCAAGGAUGGCAAAAAGGAGGGAAAGGCAAAAUUCUGUGGGGUGAUGCGCCAUGGAAACAAUGGCUUUAUUAACAUGGCCAAGGAUCCAGGUCGCGGCAAGGAGAUGGUGUACUACGGAGACUCCUUCAAUCUCAACUACGUCCUACGCGAGAUGGGGAAUCCGUUCCCGGGAGCUUUUGACAACUCCUCCUUGAGUUUUAGCAUCGAAGAGUUGUAUUUGAGCCGCUUAGGUCAGCCGACGAAGGAUCAGCUCGACGCUCAUGAACACAGCGAGCGCUUCCGCUUACAAGAAAUGGGCGCAGUCCAGCGUCUCGACAAAGAGAUAAGCGACGCCCUCAUCCAGACGUUCUUCUCUGUCGUGUACCCGCUCUGUCCCAUCUUCGAUCUUUCAGACUUCCACGCCAAGUACAAGUCAAAACAGAUCUCCCCGCUUGUGUUGCAGGCGCUGUAUUUCGUGGCCGCGGCUCACUGUGAGUUUUCAUGGAUCGAAAAGGCGGGGUUUUCCACUCGGUAUAUGGCUACCUUUACAUUCUAUCAAAGAGCGAAAGGCUUGUACUAUGCGAACUAUGAAUCGGAUGCUAUUGCUACAGUUCAGGCCUUGUACCUUCUUUCCCACUGGUGGGGUAGCCCUUUAGAACAGAAGGAUCCAUGGCACUGGACGGGGCUUGCUGUUGGCCUUGCACAAGCUCUUGGUUUGCACCAGAGUCGGGCAUAUACAGGCUUACCGGAAAAGCAACAGAAGUUGUGGAGACGUAUUUGGUGGACCGUCUAUACUCAAGAUAUCCUUAUGGCCCUUACAUUGGGCAAUACUCCGCACGUCAACGAUGCAUAUUGUAGCGUGCCCUUGUUGUCUGAGGCAGAUAUUGAGGACGACGAGGACAACCAGGACGACUUGCAUGAUCCGCAUCUGUUCGGGACUCGGACUCAAGAAAGUCGUCUGUACCUUGUGUAUCUUGUGGACUUGGCCAAGCGAACUAGUCAGUGUCUCAUGGCCCUCUUCGGUGCCAGCUCGGAUGAGUCCACAAUACAAACCAGCCUUGACAAACUCUCUUCAUGGCAAACGGCCCUUCCCGGAGCCCUACAGCGGAACAACUCCACGAUGUCUUUGCAGAAUGGCUAUUGGUCGUCUCUGAUCCACCUGUCUUACAAGAACGGCUUCCAUUACCCAGAUCGGCUGAGGAUCGGGUCCCUGCCUUCUGAUGCUGCUGUCAAUAUUGUGCGGAUUCUCGAGGACAUGAUGUCCUCUGAGGUUCUUACUGUGUCGUCCCUACGAACGCUACCGGCUGUAUUCGCCUCUCUAAGCGUCCAAAUUGCGAACAUUAGUGGAAAUUCACCCGAUGGAGCUGAAAUCUCAAAGCAUAGAGCGCGCUUCUGCAUGCUCUGCCUGAAGACAUUGGAAGAUCGUUGGCCUCCGCUCCCGUGGUACUAUUCUAUGUUCUCGCGAAUACUGCGCAAAAUGAGCUGUGAAAUUCCCGAUGACGGGAGACACAGCCCUCAGUCAUCCCACGAUCGCUCCUUGGGGGCGUCAAGCAUGACUGAACCUCUUUCUCAUGCUUUGUGGAGGCAGCCGCAAUGCAGCCAGGUUUCCGAAAUUCCUAGCGGGUCGUUCAUGGCACAAAUCCUGACAGAGGAGGCUGAUUAUGGUGUAAUGAUGGAGUGUUUUCCAUUCUCGAGCCUCUUGACUGACAGUAUUUCUGGACAAUCCAGCAACCCGUUUGACGAGGCGGGCAAUGCUUAA